CAUCGCCUAUUUGAUCGGUGAUACCGUAACCGACAAUAACAAUGGAAAUUUCGAUACUAAACUAAAUGAUAAUUGUUCAGAUAAAACUCGAAUAUCCGAUACUCUGAAAUUAUUUCCUAUAAUAUCGAAAACUGCGCUCAAUUGUGAUACUAGCAGUAACAAUAACUCUAAUGGUACUGAAAAUAAUUCCAAUAAUGAUAUGAUUGCGAAGAAAGCAUCUGUUAUGUUGAAAGACUAUCAUCCGGCACUUCGUAAUGUAUCCAUGCGUUUGGAAGGUUCUACAUUGUGGAAUAAAUUCCAUGCAUAUGGCACCGAAAUGAUUGUUACAAAAACUGGAAGGUAA